AAAGUACCUUGCGGUUACUUUUCAAGAGGAGGAACUCACUUUGUCCUCUUGAAGAAACAACCAAUCAGUUACGGAGACAAUAGAACCAGAAGUGAUCGUAGUUCGAUAAUAACUAGAAGUCUCGAUGUCCGGUGGCCCAUGCCUCAACUGUCACUCACGCCAGAAUAUGUUCAAACAUAUCCCGAGAGGCCAGUUAUGGCGAUUUUAGAAUUUCCCGAAGUCGUUUGUCCUCCUGUUAGUGACAGUCCGGCUAGUGCAAUACCCGAAUUUUGGCUCGAACUUCACUACUGCGGCCAUUCUUUGUUAAACUGUGAUAAUAUAAAUCAGAGUUUUAAUCAAUCGCGUGUACAGGUCUUAUACUCCGAACAAGUACGCGGUUUUCCAGGACGUCGAGUUCUUACACUGAGAUGUGAGCUUUUUGGACUUGCAGGGCAUUAUUCUCUGUUAUUACGGCCGACUGCACCCAUACCGACUUUACCUCAUACGGCCGCAUACGUUAAGGCAGAUUGGAGCGAACAAUUUGUGUUCAACGUUCACGCUCGUAGCAUCUUUCCAUGCGAAGUGCACGGUGGAGGCAUUACCGUACUAUUUCAAUAUCCAUCGUGUAUUUUGGCGUCAGGUGAUCGAGUUAGACUGUUUGCUAGAUUAAGAGCAAACGUGGCAUCAUUGACUCCACCGACAUCCUUAGAAUACGUAGCCGAGCAGCGAAUCUCAAGAGGACAGCACAGUUUACACUUUGAUUGCGAUUUGUUUACCGAGAAGUACGUCGAAUACUGUUUUGUGUAUGUAAGUCAAGCCAUCACAGGAGCUGUAGCUGAUGUGAGAAUGGACUGUGUGCCUACUCUUCCCGUAUCAGAGUCGGAAACCGGUGGUUGGGGUCCAUGGAGUUCUUGGACACCUUGUUCGAGUACUUGUGCUGGGGGAUCAAGAAACCGUUAUCGUUUUUGUGAUUCGCCGCCACCUCGAUAUGGGGCCAAGUUUUGUGAGGGGCCACGAGUUCAAACCGAAAAGUGUGGAUUCGACACAGCUAACAGUUGGGAAUGUAUAUACGGAUCAUCUUUACCAAACGAAAUAGUCGCAAACUUACCCGAGGUUCAAGCGGAAAUGAGCCCAUUCUGCAGAUGUGGUUGUGUAGUACAUUUGGGGACAACUAAACCUUACAGAAUAAUCGCGGCAUCGUCCCAGAGUUGCCCUGGGCGCACAUUUUGGUUGAUUGAGGCAGAUGAAGCGCACAUGAUCCAGUUUCGCGUUGAACAGUUCCGACUACCGUGCACAUCUCAGUGGUUAAAGAUACGGGAUGGAAGCUCUCUUUCCGCCAUUUUGCUGGCAGAUAUCUCUGGAGGAUCUGACAUAGAUACGCCAAUAAUUAAUUCCUCCGGUUCCAAUCUACUUUUGGAGUUCUAUUCAAACGAGGACGAAUCUUCGAGUCACUUAUGUAAUGGGGCAUUUGUAGUUAAAGCCAUGCAAUUGGGACCCAUUAGAAAUAAUGCGAGUGGUAUAGCAAAUGCGCAAGGUAUUGGAAUCUUACCUUCCGUCGCGUUAAAGCUUACAGCGGUACAUAUAGCGGCAAUUUUUUUUCUAAGUGGCCUUUCAGUAGCAACAGCUUUAUUAGGAGCUCAAUAUCUGUGCCGAUACAGAAAAUAUCACAUAGCCCAUGCUGAUGACCAAGAUUCGUUAGCGGACCCCACAGUGUCAUGUGUAAGUUUACCCGUUAGAACGCGGGCGUCAUCCAGCACUACUUUGUUAUCAGAAGUAAUAUCUCUAACCAGGUUGAAGCCAUUGAAAUCUCGCAAUAAACACAACCUCCUUAGAGAAUCCAUGGAUUGCGAACAAAGCGAAGAAUUACAAGUAACACUGGCAAAAGCGGAAGACACAUUCAGUGUUAGUAGCACCGUUACCAUGACACAACAAGACACUAGUACAACUGGAGUGAUGCAAGCGAGUGAAACGGAAGAUUUAAGUACGUGUAGUUUACCCAAUUCGCCUCAAUGUCAUCAAGAAUACAUGCGGCGAUCUUCAGUACAGUCAGAUAAAGACGUAUCUGCAGAGAAAGAAGACAAAAAAUCUUUAGCUCCCAGAAGAUUCAGUAACGGCAGCACGGCUACCCUAACAAAUGGAAACUACUCUCCAGCUUUAAGCAUGGUUAGUAAGGCGACAAUACGUCCAACAACUGAGAAGGAGAGCAAGGACAAAAGAAACAGGGAGAAACUGUUGGCAGGACCACUAGGUUCCGAGUUUUCUAUAGCGGCGCCUGACAUCGAUUUAGAAAUGGAUUACUAUGACUACAAUGUGAUAAAUGCGGGAGCGGCACCUGGUUCCUACCUAGGUAUGGAUCCAGCCUUUUUAGUAUGGAUUCCUCCUCUCGAUGAAGAUGGGGAGAUUUUGCAAGAUAUAGAUGAUAUGGUAACACCGUAUGCGGAUGUAAAGCCAGACGAAUAUAUCGAAGCCGGCAGCAACAAGGAGUGCGCCGAAGAGGAAUGUUUGUUACCUAAGCGUAAGAGAUCACUAAGCGAUAGUGGCACUAAACCUCAUUCACUUAUCAGUAAAGAUAAGAAAGUUCACCCAGCUUUGGACUGUAAUAAAGCAGAUGAGUUUGAUACAAAAAAAUUUUUGAUAGUGAAGGGUGAUCAGGAUACCACGUUUGAUAUAUCAAAACGUAAAUUGGUUAAGAGUCUACCAGAGGUGGGUGAUAACACGGAGAAAGAGACCAAAGUAGAGAAAUCACCAAUAGAUAAUGAUAGCUUAGAUGAAAUUAAGUUUGCUGACGACGAAGACGAUGAAAUGACUGAACACGAGUGCAAUAUUCAAAAAUCAUAUCAAGACUCAAAUGUUUUAUCUUCCAGUUAAAGUAUAUUUAUCACUUUUUUUAAACAGCUUGUAUAGUUGUUAUGUAAUAUCAAUGAUCUAUGACUUUGUUAUGGUACAAUUUAGCAAUCAAAUAUCAAACAAAUGAGACUGUUUAAGAGGCAUUACUACCUACUAGUUAAAAGCAGAUCAAAAUAGCUCAGGAUGAGCAGUUUUAGGAGAUUAAUAGAUUAGAUUUAUUUUUGCAAACGAUGUUAAAACCGUGGUAAUCAAUCUAUUUGUUGAUUUUAAUAACACGCGAUUUCCUACAUGGUAUUUUAUUGGAUUCGUUACCUUAACUAAUUUAGAUAAGGCUUGAUCUUAAAGUUAUCAAUUAUUGAAUGUACAGUACAUGCUUAUCUUUGUUAAAGUAGAGGAAAAGUGACGAAUGUCGGGAUUAUAGGCCCUUAAGAUACAAGAAGAAAUGCGUUUUUGAUGGAACCAGCGUCUUUUAAAUUUUGUAAUAUAGGCAACUGGCAGUGAACAAUUUGUUUUAUGUUCUGUUUGUGAUAGCACACAUCCGUCAAACAAUUUUCUUGGGGAUAAGAUGCUACAAACAAAGGUUACGCACCUUCUAAGUAUAAUCAAAAGCACUUUUGUACAAAGGAUUUUUAAUUCACAGAUUUUUUACAAAAAAAAUUAAAUGAUAUGUAUCUAUGGCCAUAUUUAUGUUAUCAUUUGGAAGAUGUAAAUUGUAAAAAAAAUGUGUAAAGGUAAUAAAAGCAUAGGAGC